UGAAAACGUAUUCACCCCCGUGGAGGUUUUCAUUUGACAACAUUGUAAAGCUAAUCUAAAUUAAACUCUCCUGCGUGCAGUAAAGAUUAUUCAACUGAAUGUAACUAACUUGUUUAGUGUGUAAAUCUACUGUGUCCAACACAGUAUUUAGAAAUGAUCCACUUUGGUCCUUCAUAUAACUUAAGCUUUAUGUUGUUAGACAAUUUAAUAAUGUGGUUCAACCUCAUACAUUCGCAGUGAGCUAAAUCUUUUUUCUACAAUAAAAAUUUACUGAGUUCUUUUAAGACUGUUGCAUCACUGACAUUUACACAUUUUCACAAAUGUUCAAAGGCACUUUUUGUUAUGUUCUGACAGACAUUGCAAAAAUAUUUAGACUAAUUUCUGUUUUUUCUCCGGGUAAGUUUGCAGCAUGAAAGUGACAAUGUUCCUCAUUAAGUGAGAAAUGGUAGAAAGAUGAAACACAUUCUGUUGAAAUGUGUGAGGUCGUGUCCUUUUCUACUUUCAACUUUAACGAGAACUGAAUAACAAAAAAUCAAUAAAGAUCUUUGCCCUUUCCAGAUGUCCCAGCGACAAGAUAAAAACAUGCACACAAAUAACGUUUUGUUUGAAUUGGAGCUCUGUUGAAGGUUAACAGGCCCUGAACUGAAGGGGGUAGUCUUAAUUUUUGUUUUUCUGUUUGGUUCCACAGUGUGUAUGAGGCUGAAGCAGCAGAAACAAGAUGGCCGACAGCCCGUCAGUCAAACCCAGAGAAACAGAAAGCCACAGUGUCGAGCAGAGUCAGACGUGCCUCUGUGUUCAGAUGACGCCUGGGUAAAAAAACAAGCAAACACACAAAACUGCAUUUAUCAGAAGUAAAGCAGUAAUUACACACGUCACUCUAUCCUCUUGUGUUUCAGUUAAAACUAGAAAUACUGCACUGGUUGGCGGAGGCAGUUUCCAUCUACUUAUAAGGUCACUGUGACCUUUACCCACUGAGAUCUAAUCACUUCUGUACCGAAAGUUGAAGCAAGUCCCUCGAGGCGUUUUCCAGAUAAUCGCAUUCACAAGAAUCGGACGGACAACCCAAAUGCCAAAUGCCUGCGGCCACAGGGUGUCGCCGGCGCAGAUGACUUGAGUCCUUGUUCACCUUGUGUCCUCGUCCACAGGUCUCUAAGUGCCCGUCUGGCUGCAGACUGCAGGGUUUGAUCUCACAGAUGGAGAGUGAUGUGGACAGAAAACUGUGGAAGGUUUGCAAGACGGGGAAGUUGUACGAGGAUGCAGCUGAGACGUCCAUGACGGCGAUGACUCAAAUCUACAACUCAAACCGCAGAGUUAUAGUCAACAGAUACAUCUCAGAGCUGAAGUUUGUGGAAAGCGCAGAGGAAUUGUCUCGAACUCUCACGUCACUACGGAAACGCUCGACCAGUUUGUCGGACCAACUCAAAGAGCUGCACGGCGACGUCCGGAAGCAGAUUGAGGACUUGUAUCGAACGGAGGUGGACAUCGACAUGACGCUCCGAGCCUGUCACGGGUCGUGUCGGUCAGCGCUACCGUUCACUGUCGAUCACCCCAGUUAUCAGACACUUGAAACUGACAUGGACCAGAUGAACAAGGCCGUCAACCAGAGAAACAAAGCCGCGACACCUCCUGAAGACACUGCACACGUCUUGAUGAAAACUGUUAUGAGCCCGGCCCCGUCUGCAGAAUAUAGGAGCAUCCCAGCGGUCCAGAGAGAACUGCUGACCCAGUUUGAGGACAUUGGACAGAAUGAGUUAGGUCUGGAGGAGCUGCUGGACUCUGCAGACGUGGAGGUUCUUGAACUUUCAGAUUUGCAGUGAACAUUUUUGAAAAGGUGUUUCUCCUCCAUUUUAACAGGACAAUUCAAAUAACUGCAGUUCCUGUUUUGUUUACCACGGAUAUGGUCAGAGUUUCAUAUUACCUCAUCUCAACAGUUUUAUUUAUUAGAAAACAGCUGUAAUGGAUUUCCAUUGCUGUGCUGCUUCUGUAAACUUGAUAAAUGAUUUAACUGUUAAUCAGUUAGAACAAAUGUCAAACACCUCAUACACACCCUAUUAUCCAGUCUUUUUAGUAACUGAAAAUUUAAUUUUAUGCAUGUUAGUAAAGACUUUCACAUUCGAA